UCCCAAAUAUACAUUAACAUCUUUAAUCACGCAAAUGAUAUAAUUGUGCUGUUUUAGAAGACUGAUAAUCAUACAUCUGAAUUUAUUAAUAGUUAUUUGUUCACUACAUACGUUAUUUUUGUUUUUUUAGGUCAAAAUGGGUCGCCGACCAGCAAGAUGUUAUCGCUAUUGUAAAAACAAACCGUACCCAAAAUCUCGGUUUUGUCGUGGUGUGCCAGACCCCAAGAUCAGAAUUUUCGAUUUGGGAAAAAAGAAGGCAUCAGUUGAAGACUUCCCACUUUGUGUACAUCUUGUGUCCGACGAGUAUGAACAGCUUAGUUCUGAAGCACUUGAAGCAGGACGUAUUUGUGCAAACAAAUACAUGGUCAAGAACGCUGGUAAGGACCAGUUCCACAUCAGAAUGCGGCUUCAUCCGUUCCAUGUUAUAAGGAUCAACAAAAUGUUGUCCUGUGCUGGAGCUGACAGGCUCCAAACUGGGAUGCGUGGUGCCUUUGGUAAGCCACAAGGAACCGUGGCACGAGUACGCAUUGGACAGCCCAUCAUGAGCAUCAGGUCGUCCGAUCGUCAUAAGGCGGCUGUUAUCGAAGCUCUUCGCCGUGCCAAGUUCAAGUUCCCUGGCCGUCAAAAGAUCUAUGUCUCCAAGAAGUGGGGCUUCACGAAGUACGAGCGCGAUGAGUAUGAACAAUUGAGAAACGAUGGUCGUCUCGCUCCUGACGGCUGUAAUGUUAAAUAUUUACCAGAACAUGGACCUCUUGAUAACUGGAAAAAGUUUAGGGAAAUUUUGGCCGCUUGAUUGAUUACUUAUGUGAUUUGUAUUCAACUAUGAAUAAAAAAUUUUUAAAUCUAUUUAAA